AUGGCCCUUUCAGGCAGGAAGGAAAGAGGUGCAUUUAUCAAUGAGUUAAAAACAAUUCCAAAACGAGUGUGGACCACAUAUCAAAAGACUUUAAAACGUCGUGUCAAUAACCCGAAAUUCCUGGCACAAGUAUCAUUGACUUUGGUCCUCAUCAAGAUGUCCAACAAUCUGGUAUUACUACCACUAUCGUCUUACCUAAUAUUACUCAUUUCACCUGUUGGUACUACUACUACCACCAUUGUCACACCUCGUCCUCUUUUACCAACGUUAAUUCCUAACGCUAAUUUUCAACCCGCAAAUGAAUGUUUCAAAAGGAUGCCUUUCUUUACUGAAACCCCGAAAUAG